AUGUUUCGUCGCAAGCAUACCGAACAAGAGAAUAACGAGGUAGCUCUUAGAGAGGCAAAGUUUAAAGAGCUAAAGUCUCUCCUAGGUCAGUUAUAUGGAAGGAGUUCAUUAUAUUGUUCAGAUGCGUGUCUGAAGAGAUAUUUAGAAGCUAGGAAUUGGAAUGUAGACAAAGCCAAGAAGAUGCUCGAGGAGACGCUGAAAUGGAGAUCGACUUUUAAACCCGAGGAAAUCCGAUGGGAUGAAGUUUCAGGUGAAGGUGAGACCGGAAAAGUUUACAAAGCUGGAUUCCAUGACAGAAGUGGAAGAACGGUUCUUAUACUCAGACCGGGCUUACAGAACACAAAAUCGUUAGAGAACAAUAUGAAACAUUUGGUGUAUCUCAUUGAGAAUGCUAUUCUGAAUCUUCCAGAGGAUCAAGAACAGAUGUCUUGGCUUAUCGACUUCACGGACUGGACAUUAAGCACCAGUGUACCUAUUAAAUCUGCGAGAGAAACUAUAAACAUUCUGCAAAAUCAUUACCCAGAGAGACUAGCUGUAGCUUUCCUAUACAAUCCUCCAAGACUCUUUGAGGCAUUCUGGAAGAUUGUGAAGUACUUCAUUGAUGCAAAGACAUUCAUCAAGGUGAAAUUUGUUUACCCAAAGAACCCGGAAAGCGUGGAGCUUAUGAGCUCAUUUUUCGACGAGGCAAAUCUCCCAACCGAAUUUGGAGGGAAAGCUUUGCUGCAGUAUAACCAUGAAGAAUUCUCCAAGCAAAUGAACCAAGACGAUGUUAAAACUGCAAACUUCUGGGGACUAGUUCACAGUAACAAUCACCAGCAGCACGCAAGUAAAGGGUUUUCUGGAGCCGAGAUUGCUCCUGAGACAAUCCAGACCAACCCUUAA